GCAGCGCCCGCUGCCCGGCGGCGACGACCAGUCCCUCGCCAACGCCCUGGUACUUCUGUGCACCUCUGCGGCAAGCCAUCCGAGUGCCUGGGCUUGGCAAAGCCCGACGCCACGUACGUUGUCCAGCAGCACGUUGCGGACCCUCUGCUGCUUGACGACGGCCGGAAGUGCCACAUCAAGUUCUACGUGUUGCUGAUGUGUUUGGAAGACGGCGUGACGUGGAAAUUGUUCACCUACAAGGAGGGCUACCUCUCCAUCUCGCCGAACCGUUGGUCGCCCACGGACCUCUCCAAGGAGACCCAGGUGACCAUCAUCCGCUCGGAGCGCAUCGGCGGCUGGAAGGCCUGGCCCUCCGCGUACCCGAAGUGCAAGGCGUCCGUCGCCCAGGUCAUGAGCACGGCCGUCUCGGAGGGCAAGCUAGAAGGCAGGAUGGGCAAGAGGCAGUUCGAGAUCCUCAGCGCCGACUUCAUGGUGGACACCCACGGAGCUGUCUGGCUCUUCGAGUUCAACAUGAGCCCAGUGCUGAAAGAUCCGAAGGAUGAGCCGAAGGUGAACGACGCGGAGAUGAUCAGAGGGGCGCUGCAUCUCGUCUGCCCGUGCGAGGGCGGCAGUGCAGGGC